UGUGUCUUAAUUGAUGUACAGGCCUGUCUUAGACCAGAACUUGUACUAUAAUGGGAUGAAGUACGCAACGGCUACUUUUUCGGCAGCCAUGUUAAAUGUCCUUCCUGCCCUAACGUUUGUGAUGGCUUGGAUUUUUAGGCUUGAGAAGGUAAAUCUAAGAAGCUUGCAUAGCCAGGCAAAGGUGAUGGGGACAUUGGUGACAGUUGGGGGAGCCAUGGUCAUGACCUUAGUGAAGGGUGCCCUAAUUGAUUUGCCAUGGACCAAAGGGGAAGGCCAUGGAGGAUCACAUGAUCAAGCCGCCAUUGCUUCUGCAACUGAUCAGCAAGACCCCACCAAGGGUGCCCUCAUGAUGGGAUCUGGCUGCUUUUGCUGGGCUGCUUUCUACAUCCUACAAGCAUUCACAUUGAAGUCAUACCCAGCAGCUCUCUCACUCACCGCUCUCAUAUGCAUGCUGGGUUCGAUGGAAGGGACUAUGCUGACCUUCAUUCUGGAAAAGGGAAACACAUCCAUCUGGGCCUUGAACUGGGAUACCAAACUCCUGGCUGCAAUUUAUGGUGGGAUAAUCUGCUCCGGCGUAAGCUAUUACAUUUCCGGAGUACUUAUGAAGGAGAGAGGACCUGUUUUUGUGUCUGCAUUCAACCCUUUAACCAUGGUUAUUGUUGCCAUCUUGAGCUCUUUUAUUUUGGCCGAGCAGAUAUUCGUGGGAAGGCUUCUUGGAGCAAUAGUGAUAGUGAUAGGCUUGUAUCUUGUAAUAUGGGGUAAGAGCAAAGACCAUGAAGAUUUGUCUAAGCUGGACAUUGAUCAAGAGGCUAUCACAAAUGGUGAUGAUAACACAGAGACUGAUCAGGCUUCAGUUCAUGGAUCCAUUAAGGAUAUGAAAGUGGUACCCAAAGAUGAAGCCGUUUGAAGAACCAAUAAAAUGCUCCGUUUGAAUAUCGUUACAACGGAUAUAAGUUCCAUGUAACCCUAAUUUUUCGUAAUUAUUUUGCCCUUUUUCUUUCCUU